CGGUCAUGUGAUCAGCUGUAUCCAAUCACAGCUGAUCGCAUGGGACAUGUACACUGAUCAUCAGGGCACUGAUGAUCAGUGUGCCCUGGUGAUCAGUGUAGCCCCCAGCAGCGCCACCUGUCAGUGUCCAUCAAUGCCAGCUGUCAGUGAUCAUCAAUGCCACCUACCAGUGCUUAUCAGUGCCUCAUCAAUGCCACAUAUCAGUGCCUACCACUGCAUAUCAAUGCCACAUAUCAGUACCCAUCUGAGCUGCCUUUCAGUGUCACCUAUCAGUGCCAGUUAGUGCCGCCUAUCAGUGCCCAUCAGUGCUGCCUAUCAGUGCCACCUUACAGUG